CUUGGAUUAAUUGGUCACGGGCCCGCUUUGGCUCCUUUUCUUUGGUUAUUUCCUAUACUUGGAUUCUCUCUUCCUCCGCAUCAUCCUGGAAACGACUGCCCGGGAUUAGGUCCGUUACGACUUCAGCAUUUCACCCUGACAGCCAAGAAUUAAUCAAAGGGCUUCUGCAACAUGUGGAUUGAUUCCGUGUUUCUUCAGACAAUCUGUAUUGCCCUGGCUGCGGUCCGACUACCUGAGCUUCCUCUCAGGGUGUUUCACUUUGCCCACCUACCAGAGUAUGGUGAUAUUGCCUGCGAUGUCGAUCUCUUCAUUGCCGCGAGAGGACCCGUUUUGGAUGUGGAUAUACAUUUGCAAUUGACCGUGUAUAUAAAUUGCGCUUCUGUGCCGGAAAAAAAGGGGGGUUGGCCAGAAAUCCGCUUGUUGUCUUCGUGUCUUCUUCUUUCCUUCAUUCCGUCAUGAAGCUGGAUACUCUUCUCUUUGCCCUCGCGGCUGGUACCGCAGCAGCGGCUCCUCGGCAGAAGAAACGGGCUACUUUUGAGUUCUUUGGGGUUAACGAGUCUGGCGCUGAAUUCGGUGAAAGCCACCUUCCUGGUGUCUAUGGCACCGACUAUAUUUUCCCCGAUCCUUCCACUAUCUCUACCCUGCAGUCGGAUGGCUUCAACAUUUUCCGGAUCCCGUUUAGGAUGGAGAGAUUGACCUCGCAGCUUACCGGAGCUUUCGACCAGGCCUACCUCCAGAACCUCACCUCGGUUGUCAACGCAGUCACCAGCUCCGGGUCGUAUGCCGUUCUGGACCCCCAUAACUAUGGUCGAUUCAACGGCGAGAUCAUGAGCACCCCUGCCGACUUCCAGACCUGGUGGAAGAACGUUGCGACCGAGUUCGUAGACAAUGCUAAGGUGAUCUUUGAUACCAACAACGAGUACCAUGACAUGGACCAGGACCUCGUCCUGCACCUGAACCAGGCCGCUAUCAACGGAAUCCGUGCGGCCGGUGCCACUCAACAAUACAUCUUCGUCGAGGGUAACUCCUACAGCGGCGCGUGGACCUGGACCAAGGUAAACGACAACUUGAAGAAGCUCACCGACCCCCAGGGCAAGAUUGUGUACGAGAUGCACCAGUACCUCGACUCCGAUGGGUCGGGAACGUCGGAGACCUGCGUGUCCACCACGAUUGGCAAGGAGCGCAUUACCUCCGCAACGCAGUGGCUCAAGGAUAAUGGUAAGAUCGGGAUCCUGGGGGAGUUUGCGGGCGGCAACAAUGACCAGUGCCGCACCGCCAUCACGGGCAUGCUCGGGUACCUUUCCAGUCACUCGGAUGUGUGGCUUGGAGCGCUCUGGUGGGCUGCUGGACCUUGGUGGGGGAACUAUAUCUACAGUCUGGAGCCCCCUAGCGGUGUUGCUUACAGUGGGAUGCUCAACACGCUGAAGCCUUAUUUGGCGUAG